UUGAAGAAAAACUCCACUAGUGUUCCAUGCAAAGUUUUGAUCUGCGUUAGAAUUCAGUGGCUCUGUAUCUGUGAAUUACUACGAUUACUGAGAGAAUAAUGAUAUAACAUCCAGAGGAUACAAUAGGUGAAAAAGAGUGAAUCUUUUGUAAAGGGGAAGCUAUGACCGAAACGGUUUGGAUCAUGAUGUGGUUACCUUUGGUAGUAAUGGGAUUGUUUGUUCUUAAAUGGUUGUUGAAGAGAGUGAAUGUUUGGAUUUAUGAGUCCAAACUUGGGGAGAAGAGACACUAUCUCCCACCAGGAGAUUUGGGAUGGCCUUUCAUAGGCAACAUGUUGCCCUUUCUUAGAGCUUUCAAAACAUCUGAUCCUGAUUCCUUCAUCAGAACCUACAUCACAAGGUAUGGACAUAACGGUGUUUAUAAAGUACACAUGUUUGGGAACCCAAGUGUAAUAGUAACAACACCGGAGACUUGUCGGAAAGUUCUAACAGAUGAUGAAUGCUUCCAGCCAGGCUGGCCCAAAUCCACCAUGGAGCUAAUUGGCAAGAAGUCCUUUAUCGGUAUCUCCUUUGAAGAACACAAGCGGCUAAGGCGUUUGACCGCUGCUCCUGUCAAUGGACAUGAAGCUCUCUCUGUCUACAUAAAGUACAUUGAAGAAACUGUUGUUACCGCUCUAGAAAACUGGUCCAAAAUGGGAGAAAUCGAGUUCUUGACUCACGUGCGCAAGCUAACGUUUAGGAUCAUCAUGUACAUAUUCAUGAGCACAGAGAGUGAGCAUGUUAUGGAUGCAUUGGAAAGGGAAUAUACAAACCUUAACUAUGGAGUUAGAGCAAUGGCUAUUAAUAUUCCUGGCUUUGCUUAUCAUAAAGCACUGAAGGCCAGGAAAAAACUUGUGGCUGCGUUUCAGUCCUCAGUGACCAACAGAAGAAACCAAAGGAAGCAGAAUGUAACAACAUCCAAUAAGAAAGACAUGUUGGAUAAUCUAAUAGAUGCUAAAGAUGAAAACGGAAGAACUCUAGAGGAUGAGGAGAUUAUAGAUGUUUUGUUGAUGUAUCUUAAUGCAGGUCAUGAAUCUUCUGGACACACCAUUAUGUGGGCUACCAUUUUCCUUCAGGAACACCCUGAGAUUCUACAAAAGGCAAAGGAAGAACAAGAGAGGAUUGUGAAAAAGAGAGUACCAGGCCAGAGUUUGACUCUUAAAGAGACACGUGAAAUGGAGUAUCUUUCUCAGGUUAUUGAUGAGACACUUCGAGUAAUAACAUUCUCUCUUACGGCCUUCCGAGAAGCAAAGCGUGAUGUCCAAAUGAAUGGAUAUAUCAUACCAAAAGGCUGGAAGGUACUGACUUGGUUCAGGGACGUUCACCUGGAUCCUGAGAUCUACCCGGAUCCAAAGAAAUUUGAUCCUUCAAGAUGGGAAGGAUACAUACCAAAGGCAGGAACGUUCCUACCUUUUGGUUUAGGAAGCCAUCUUUGUCCAGGAAACGAUCUUGCCAAGCUCGAGAUUUCCAUUUUUCUUCAUCACUUCCUACUCAAAUACCGGGUGGAGAGGAGCAAUCCUGGUUGUCAGGUGCUGUUUUUGCCUCACACAAGACCAAAGGAUAAUUGCUUGGCAAGAAUCACCAAAACGGCGCCGUAAAAUCAUCUUCAAACUAGUAGGUCCCUUACCAAAUGUAUAAGCUUCUUCUCAUGUUCAUGGUAUCCUCUCUCUCUCUCUUUGAACUCAAUCCAAACCGGUUUGGUUUGAAUUAUGUUUACUAAAAGUAUAUGUAUCAAAUUGUUUUAUAGAUUUCCAGUCAUCAGUAUAUAUCUCUCUCUCUUUCA